AUGAGCACUGAGAAUAUAGACAAAUACAUUGAAGUUUUAAAGCAAGGAAAGCAUCUCCAGGAAGCCCAAAUUUCAGAAAUCUUCAGCAAGUUCAUAUCUAUCUUAGAAAAAGAGGAUAAUUUGCUUAGAUUAGAAGCUCCUAUAAACGUUGUUGGAGAUAUUCACGGACAACUCUUCGAUUUAUUAAAUAUGUUCGAUUUAGCAGAAAAGGAAUCAUGCGAAAAGAAGAAAUUCUUAUUCUUGGGUGAUUAUGUUGAUCGUGGACACUUUUCAAUUGAAACCAUCGCACUUUUAGCUUGCUUAAAGAUCAAAUCACCAAACGACAUAUUUAUGCUUCGCGGGAAUCACGAAUCUCCUUCAAUUAAUCAAGUUUAUGGUUUUUAUAAUAAUUGCUUGGAAUUAUACGGUUCUUCAAUGAUCUGGAUUCUCGCUAAUAAAACGUUCCAACACAUGCCAAUGGCAGCUUUAAUUAACGAAAAAUUCUUCUGCAUUCAUGGCGGAUUAAGCCCAGAAUUAAGGUACGUCGACCAGCUUUACGUUGUUGAUAGAGUUUGCGAAAUACCAGAAACUGGCAUAUUGGCAGAUCUUACAUGGUCCGAUCCAGACGAUUCUAUUACAAAAUACGGUAAAAGCAAACGUGGAUCAGGUCAUCAAUUUGGAAGACCACAAGUUGAAGAGUUUAUUCAAAAUAAUAAUUUACAGCUUAUUAUUCGUUCUCAUCAGCUGGCAAUGAAAGGAUAUGAAGAAUUCUUCAUGAAAGAUGAUAAACCACAGCUUUUAACUGUUUGGUCUGCACCAAACUAUUGCUAUACUGCUGGAAAUAAAGCUACAUUUAUGGCUGUUGAUAAAGAUUUGAACUACAGACUUAUUGAAUUCGAAUCCGGACAAGAGCCAGCAGAAGAAUUAGACCCUACAAUAUGCCCAUAUUUUGCAUAA